GAGUAUGAUGAGAGUUGCGCGAAGAUAGAUGAUGGUCGCGCGCGUCGAGCUACCACGUAGCCUUGACGCAGGAGAAAUUGGACAUCCCUUUGAACCCCUUCGUGGAAAUGAGACAUAGGGAUGAGCCUUGAUGACGGUUUGCGACGGGAGCGGGGAAAGCUCAUCGGACCGAAGCAUUUAGUCUGGAUGGAUAAGCAGGGAGGAUUAGACAAUGCUGUUUACCAUCGUCUUGUCGUCUUUGUUGCUUGAGAAAGGGACAUCGCGCAGUUCAGCAUAGUCGUUGACAUAAUGGACGACCGUGGCCGGCCAAUACGGUCGUCCUCAAGGAAGUCAUCGACUCAAAGGAUCAGACCGCGUGCGAGAGCAUCGAAUCAAUCACUGCAGAGCGCUGGCCGACCGCAGGAGAACACGACUUUCACCUCAUUCGAACCAUUUUCGCCCCCAAAUAAUGUAGUGACAUCGAGUUACAACAGCACGGCGAGUACUAUGGCGAAUGGACUCACGGUCACGAACGGCAGCGGUAGCAAUCACGGCGGCCGAGACGACGCCUCAAUCCGUUCCUACUCGUCCAGCAAACGGUCCCGUUCCAUUUACGCUCCCGACAGGCAAAACUCUCUCGCUGAAGACGUCUAUGGCGAGAUAGCUGCCAGUUCAGGAAACGAGACUGAAGCCGAAGCUGCUUCUGGUUCCGAGCAGGACACACGACCUCUCGACCAAGUCUCGGCCGCAUCGCAUUCGCUCAUUAACGUCCUCAACAUGGCUCCUAGAGACGAGUCGCGUCCUCCGCUCUUCAACGACGUCAACGAUCAGCUCAACAACCCCCAAGUCCUCCAGAACUCCGAUGACAAGACAGUUGUAGCCUACGUCAAACGUCAAGGUGGUGCAGGCAAGGUCAUUCGACGCUUGGCCAAAGAUGUCAGCGAUCGCGACGCCGAGAUCUCGCGUCUGCGAAGAAGAGUGGAAGAGUUUGGCACACUGUUCAAGGACCAUCUGAUGGCUGUACACGACAUGUCAAGGCUGCAGGCCGAUAGGACGGUGCGCGAUUCGCCUGUCUUCUCGAAGCCUUCUGCGAACGAUCUACAAGAAGAGUUGGAAUCUGCCUCAUCGGACAAUCUCUUUGGCGACAGCCGUGCUGCUCUGCCAAAAGACUCUCUCAAGCUCACAGCCAACUCGCAAGAGUCUGCUCCUCCUCUGGUCAGAAACGAUACCUCGGCCAGUCCAAGCUUUCCCUCCGGCUCCUCGACUAUACGUGCAUCUCGCAACUCUGCAACCAACUUGAAGGUCGAUACCAACAGAAUGCCUAAGCAGCGAGGUGGUCUCUUCAAUCUGUUUGGUGGUCAAGGCUCUGUGCGUCAGCCAGUCAAACAACAGAAUCGUCAUUCAAUUGCCUCUAUGCUAGAUCCAAGAAUGCUGGGCAUUCGGAGUCCAAGCAUCGCACAAACAACACGCUCCAACUCAAUGUCAUCCUACAAGCCUUUGGAGAUGGAACAGAAAAUUGAGAACGAAGAUCUACCGCCACCAUUGCUUGACAUGAAGAUCAUUAAGAUCCUCUUCAGAGCAUUCAUCGCUGAUAACUAUGGCUUCAUCAUUGACGGUCCUCGGGUUCAACAGUGGCUGUGGUCCAUGGAGAAACUUCAGCCUUCAAAAAGUCGCACAACUUCAAUAGCUACACGCGCAACUUCAACCACUCGUUCUGCAUCCAUCACUUCCAUCGAGGAAGGUAAUGAGGAAGGAAAUAUUGAUGUAGUGAUUCAGGACGAACAUCAGAACGAUGGCUCUGCAGAGGCCAGUGAAGAGCCUCGACCAUGGCACGAAUUUCUUACGCUUGAAGUGACUAAGCAAGCUUUGCUAUCGCGUCUGCCAAUUCAAUUGCAUGGAUCGAAGAUGUCCGACAGCGCUAGUAUCUCGUCGGUCGACACCGAUGACGGAAUGCCCCGACUAGAACAGAUGUGUGACCCCGCAGACUUCACAACACAUGCAGAACGCUUGCGUGAUGAGAUCUCGGUCGAGUAUACUCAAUUGCAAAUCGCAAGAGAGCAAGCAUACGAUCGUUUGAUGGCAAAGGUUGAAGAGCCGAAGCUUGCUAGCAACAGGUUUUCGCGCAUUUUCACAAACACCACGGAAAUGGCACCCAAGAACCGCGUGGAAGCCAUGGGCACCAGUACUGUUGGCAUUGCGAAUCUUGCACAGUCGGGUGUUAGUGGUCCUUUCGUAAAAUUCGUCCUCGACGGCAUCCCAAUGAAGACACGCGCCAAGAUCUGGCUGGAGAGCGCACAGUCGAGCAUACAUUAUUCGCCUGAAGACUUCAACAUGCUAGCAGCAGAGUACAACACGCACCCGGACGAUCAACGGUAUCUACAUGAUAUUGAGAUGGACACACCUCGCACUCUGACAAACAAUGUGUACUUCCGAAAGGAGAAAAACCAGGAUGCAUUGGCUUUGCUACUCGGCUGUUUCGCCAUCAGAAACAAGGACAUCGGAUACUGUCAAGGCUUCAAUAUCAUUGCUGGCUACCUUUUGCUUGCGAUGCCGACUACCGAACAGGCAUUCUGGGUCUUCUGCUUCUUAAUUGAGAAAGUUCUUCCCACGUCUUACUUCACGGCUGAACACGAUUGGCAAGGCCCGCGUGCUGAUACCAUCGUGCUGCGUCAGUAUAUACGCACACUGCUGCCUCGUCUCGGCGCACAUCUUGACGAACUCGAUGUCCUUGACGAGCAGACAGUGCCGAUAAAUUGGUUCCUUACAGCAUUUGCAUCGACGCUGUCAGUAGAAGCACUGUUCCGUGUAUGGGAUGUUGUACUGGGCAUUCCUGGUCAGAAUCAGCAAGUCUUCCUGUUGCAUGUCGCAAUUGCAUUGCUCAAGCUCAACGAAGACGAUCUGUUGAAGCUGGAUUCGGCUGCUUCAAUCUAUGACUUUAUGGAUCGUAAGAUGGCUAGAGGUGUAGUAACCAUUGACGGCCUGAUUCAGGCGUCCUCAAGAUUGGGACCAAUCGUCACGGCGAAGAGUGUCGAAAAGAGAAGGGCCGAGGCAGCCAAGACGUUGUAAGUGCUACUUAUGGCGACUCUUGUCAGCAGAGCCUGUUACUGAGAGGAGAUGGAUGUUGCUUGUCGCUGUUUUGCUGUUGCUUUUACCCGUUAGAUACCCCCUUGCCCUCCCAUUUUCGCAUCAAAAUGUUAUGUUCCUUUCCCUCUUGAGAUACUGUGUACCGGUAAUGAUAUUGUCAAACCACGUAUCCAUAUGACGUGUCCAUGGGUUCACAUAUGGAAAGAUAGUUGAUGAGUCAAAAGUCUGGCUUCUCAACAGACUGAAAAGUGAUAUACAAGUUCUGGAAUCGAUUACAAAAAGACAGAUCAUGGG